GCCCAGGCUGGAGAGCACCAGGAAUGGCUCCCAGUAACGCCCUCAUGAUCCACGUGGAGGAGAAACUGCUGCCAAAAGAAAAGAAUAAACUCAGGAAGCCGGUGGUGGAGAAAAUGCGCCGGGACCGGAUUAACAGCAGCAUCGAGCAGCUGAAGCUGCUCCUGGAGAAGGAGUUCCAGAGGCACCAGCCCAACUCCAAGCUGGAGAAGGCCGACAUCCUGGAGGUGGCUGUCAGCUACCUGAAACAGCAGAGCCAGCUGCAGGACCCAGUAUUCGUCCACAAGAAUCCAGAGCAGGACUUUAACAGCGGAUACCUGCGGUGCCUCAAGGAAGCGAUGCAUUUUCUGUCCUACUACGAACCCAAGAGGGAAACUCAGGCCCAGCUCAUCAAGCAUUUCUGCAAAGCCCAGAUGGGUGCAGAUGUCACGUACUCUCCUGCUCCUCGCAGGCCACCUCCGUCACCCUGUCUGCUCGCCAGAAAGCAGCCUGCCCAGAAGACUGCAGCUCCUACCAUCUGGAGACCCUGGUAGACCUGCUGAUGAACUUUGCUUUAUUCCUAUGUUUUGCUACAAAAAAAAAGAGAAAGAAAGAGAGGGACCUGUGAUUUAAGAGUCCCUCUUUACAGUAGGAAACAUUGCUUUCCAGAGGUGGGAGAUCGCUCAGUAGUUUCCCUUCACAGUGAAGGAGUGUGCUUGUAUCUGGCAGCAGAGCUGCCGCUCCUGGUGGUGGCUCCUUGCCAAAGAGAGGGCCGAGUGCUGCGGGGGCGUGGAGCAAAACGCCCUCCAGGUCCCGCCACCCCUUCCCUUGGCUAUUGAGCCCGUGGCUGUCAGUGGAGAUCUUUCUAUGAACUCCCCGGGUCACUGGUUCAAGUGUUCCAUUGUCUCCUGACAAUGUACCGGCCUUCCUAGAGCAGGAGCACUUUGGAGAAUGUACUGUGUAACAUAAAGAGAGUGUCGAGCCUUUACCUUUUGAGUGAAAGAUGGCAUUCAGGAACACCGAUUCUUCUGAAGUUCCUGUGCUAUUUUUAGUAUACCUCCUCACAGAUCGUUAUUAUGAUAACAGCUGUAGGGAAAAUUCUCUUCAUGGCCAGGAUGUGCUCUCUCCAUUGAGGGAUAAUCGAUGCCUUUUGUAAAGGAAAUACCUGGGAUAUAUCUUAGGUGAGGGCUGGGGAGGAAGGCAGGCAGUAAGUACUGUGUAAGCAUUCACUGAACAUGCUAAUGAGCUUAAAAAGCUUUUAUAAAGUUGUGAUGUAUUCAUCCUGUGUGAUGCUCAGCUUUUGUGUCUUCGCUGUACAAUACAAUAAAAACAGUUUUAGUCCUUCA